AUGGAUCAUAUUUCUAACGUUUCUACAGUGAGAGUUUUUACUCUGUCUGCAUUCAGUGACAUAAUGACUCUCAGAGUUCCUGUUUUUUCUGUCACUUUACUGUGUUACUGUGUGAUCCUGUUUGUUAAUGUCUCUCUCGUCACCAUUAUUAUCUUAGAUGAGAACUUACAUGAACCCAUGUACAUUUUAUUAUGUGUUUCUUGCAUUAAUGGACUUUAUGGGACGGCAGGUUUUUACCCCAAGUUCCUGUUUGACCUUCUGUCGUCCUCUCAGGUCAUCUCAUACAGCAGCUGUCUCUGUCAGGCGUUUGCCAUGUACUCGUUUGUCUGCAGCGACACGUCUAUUCUUACAGUCAUGGCUUACGACCGGUACCUGGCCAUAUGUCGGCCGCUGCAGUACCACUCUGUCAUGACGAAGAGGAGGCUCUCUGAGCUGGUCUUCCUCUCUUGGUUCACACCGUUCUGCAUUUUCUCCAUCAACAUCCUGCUGACGACCAGGCUGACGUUCUGUGGUACAAACAUCCAGAGGCUCUUCUGUGUUAACUGGCUCAUCGUUAAACUCGCCUGUCCAGGCACGAACACUCUGGUAAAUGAUGCAUUUGCACUGACUACACUAACUAUUUAUAUUUGUCACUUGUUGUUUGUCGUGUGGACUUACAUUUAUCUUGUUAAAACGUGUGUGAGGUCCAGAGAGGACAGGGCAAAGUUUAUGCAGACGUGUGUGCCUAAUUUAAUCUCUUUAGCCAUAUUGUUUGUCACUGUGGUGUCAGAUUUGAUGCACAUGCGAUUCGCCUCAAAAGAUUUACCUCAAAGCUUCCAUAACUUUGUUGCUAUAGCCGUCCUCUUUAUUCCUCCUGUUACAAAUCCUCUGCUUUAUGGGUUCAGACUGAACAAAAUCCGCAGUCGAGUUCUGGUCCAUGUGAAGGCAAAAACGAUGAGUUUCACCUGGAGACUUUAUCCCCUCCAUCCAUUAUCAACAAUGUUGUUUAACAAUAAAAUGUCCACAGUGAGGUGA